CGUCACGCUGGGAUCACAUGGUCAAAUUGCCAGAUUACCUUUGGUGUGGGACCAGGAUUUCGAAAACCGGAAUGGCUACUUUGAAACAAUUAUGGCUAUAUUCCGUAAAUGAAGGAACAUUUGAUAGUCACAUGAUGAGUAAGAUCAGACUGUGAAUAUUCAUAGGCACCGGCUUUAUAUUCUGUCACCAGACCACUGCUUGUAAACAUGGAAGUCCUUGGAAAUUCGGUGUAUUCGGAAGAUCUUUGCUCAAGUAAAUUAGGAGGUGACAGCAAACCGGGACAGCUCUAAGAACAGCUUUUAAACGAUUUUAAAGAUUCUAGACAACACACUGUUUGUUGAACAGACAGUUUAUUAGGGAUUGUAAUUUUAGUUUAGUUUAAAAAACAAACAAACUUGUCACCCGGCCUGCAGUUAGGUUGAGUUUUCAGUCUCGGGUAUCGAUUUUAGCUAGAUAGGCUAUUUUCAGGCAUGGCGGUGUGAACAUUUUAUAAUGGUCAAUAGGUCUAGUUUGAUCGGUGUAUUUUAGGCGCGCACAUUGCAACUAUGAUUUUGUAAGGUUAAAACAAGGCGGUUUAAAGCUAUUUUAAAUAAUCAAGACAACGAAUCUAGCGAACUCCACUGAAAAUGAGGUCUUCGUUGGCUCCAGGCAUUAAACUCAUUACCUCUUUCUCCAGAGACAGCUGGUACAGAGGCUUCAUUCUCUUCCUCACAUUCCUGUUCUACACCAGCUAUCAUCUGUCUCGUAAACCUAUCAGUGUGGUUAAGAGUCAACUACACAGAAACUGUUCCAAUGUCGUUCGGCCGGCUGACUUGAAUGUCACCAACAAUGAAACCUGGUGCGACUGGGCUCCAUUUGACCAGGACAAUUAUAAAACACUUUUUGGAGCAGUUGACAACUCCUUCCUUGUCGCCUAUGCCAUUGGCAUGUUUUUCAGUGGCAUAUUCGGAGAGCGCUUGCCCCUGCGCUACUACCUCAGCACGGGAAUGGUGCUCAGUGGGAUUUUCACCUCGCUCUUUGGCUUGGGCUACUACUGGAACAUCCACUCUAUCUGGUACUACGCUUUUGUUCAGGCUAUGAAUGGACUGGUGCAGACGACAGGCUGGCCUGCAGUGGUGGCCUGCGUUGGAAACUGGUUUGGAAAGGGGAAGCGUGGGUUCAUCAUGGGCGUAUGGAACUCCCACACGUCAGUGGGGAACAUCUUGGGCUCUCUGAUUGCUGGUGUGUUUGUGUCGUCUGCCUGGGGGUUGUCCUUCAUCGUGCCUGGCAUCAUCAUCGCCUCCACAGGAGUCUUGUGCUUCUUCUUCCUGGUUGAACACCCUGAUGAUGUCAACUGUGUACCCCCACAGCAUCAUGAGAGCACGGAGCAGGAGCCUCUGCUGAGAAACUCCUCCAGUAACGAGGAGAUCUUCAGCAGCCCUCCGCCUGGCACGGAGACCAGCGUAGUGGAGCGCUCAGAAGACCCCGCCGAGGCCAUCAGCUUUUGUGGGGCCCUGAAAAUCCCUGGUGUCAUGGAGUUCUCCCUCUGUCUGCUGUUUGCCAAGCUGGUCAGCUAUACCUUCCUCUACUGGCUUCCUCUGUAUAUAGCAAAUGUUGCUCACUUUGACCCCAAGGGAGCAGGAGACAUGUCAACCUUAUUUGAUGUUGGAGGAAUAGUGGGGGGGAUCCUUGCUGGAGUGGUGUCAGACUACACUGGAGGAAGAGCCUCUACCUGCUGCGUGAUGCUGAUCUUUGCUGCCCCAAUGCUGUUUCUCUACAACCACGUUGGCGCGAAUGGUGUGCCCACCACAGUCGGUAUGCUGCUUGUGUGUGGAGCGCUGGUCAACGGGCCAUACGCUCUCAUCACCACGGCCGUCUCAGCUGACCUGGGAACCCACGAGUGUCUGAGAGGAAACUCCAGAGCUUUGUCAACGGUGACGGCCAUUAUUGACGGGACGGGAUCAAUAGGUGCUGCCAUAGGCCCUCUGUUGGCUGGGGUGAUCUCACCAACGGGGUGGAACAACGUUUUCUACAUGCUCAUCACCUCAGAUCUUUUGGCCUGUUUGCUGCUCUCCAGACUGGUCUACAAGGAGAUAAGAGGAUGGUGUGGUUAUCACACAAGGAUGAGAGGGUUUAAAGAAAUCUGAGGCGCAGGUCAACCAACAGAGGACUUCACUCCUGCACAGGACUAUAUAUCACCAGCAUAACAAAAGAAGGGACCAAAUUAUGAAGCAACACCAGCAGGACUAUUGUGAAUACCAAAUACCUCAUUUUAUUCCCUUAUCCAGGCCCUUGAGCUAAACUGUGGAGAUUGACACUGGCAGAACCACGGUGCUUCAUAUCUAUAACACUGCAGUCCCUUGUUAGCAAUGUGUUAAGAGACUUUCAUACUGGUGUUGGAACAAAUUACGCGCUACAGUGAGAUGAGGGAGGACUCAAAAAAUAAGAGUGUAAAGCCCCCAAUUACCUCCAUUUCUUUAGGAGGAGAGAAGAUUUUUUUAUUAAUAUUUUUAUUAACGAGUGUUUUUACAAACUAAAUUAUCUCUUCAUGUGCCUCCCUCUCUCUGCCUGAUUCAAAUCCAGCUGUACUUUUACCAUUAAAAUCCGCCUUUUUAGUGCA